AUCAACCCUUCAUGGGCCCUCGCAAUGCCGAGCGAGACUGGACUCUCGACCUUCCAAAGAGCGACCAUGUGCAGUUCACAUUCAAGACGGCAAACUGGGCGCAAUCCCGUUUGGGACCCCUCGAGGGAUGGCACCCGACAUUGCGGAUGGCGUGCCGCAUGGUCUUUGCAGACUCCCGCCCCGCUACCCUAUAUUGGGGCCCUCACUAUGUCGCCGUCUACAAUGAGCACUUUGUGCAGCUCGCUGCGAAAGUCCACCCCCGGCUGAUGGGCUCUACCUUUGCAGAGGGCUUCCCGGAGCUCGUACAGGGCAUCUUCCCGCUGCUUGAGCGCGCCAAAGAGACUGGAGUUGCUGGGGAUGUGAUUGAAGCCCCAAUGAUGGUUCAUCGGAACGGGUGGGAGGAAGAGGCAUUUUUCACAGGCAACUUCACCCCAGUCGGAUGGGACGCGAACGGCCUGCACGAAGGCUUCUACAAUGCCUUGUUCGAUGUCACCAACCAAAAGCUCGUCGAGCGUCGGACCAACAUGCUCAACCUGAUCGCCUCUACUACCGACUUGGCCCCGAACCGCGUAUUUCCGCAUGUCCUUGCUUCUCUCGAGACCAAUGGGAACGACAUACCUAUGGCUAUUCUAUACAGAACAGAAGAAGACCCCGAUUCGGGAAAGCAGACACUGAGACUGCAGGGCGCGAUCGGGGUGCCAGAAGGCCACCAACUUCUAGUGGACAAUGAAAGUAUAGACAGCGAGAAGGGCUUAAUCCCCCAAUUCAAGGAAGCUGCAUCAAGAUCUCUCAUAAUCAAUUGUGAAGAGGAUGACGAACGUUUCAAAGGCAUCUCCUGGCGUGGAUUCGAGAAACCUGCUAAGAACGUAGCAAUCUUGCCUAUAAUCAGCGGGUCACGAAACUUCGGCUUUCUCGUCGUAGGCACCAACCCAUGCAGACCAUUCGACCAUGCCUGCCAGCAGUUUCUCAAAGACCUAGGCGGAAUGGUCUCCAGCGUGAUUACCGCGGCUGUCAACACGGAAGAGCUACAUAAACGACAGGAGCAGCUUGAGAACAACCUUGCAUUCAAUGAUCUGAAGGUCCGCCAUCUAGUGGAACAUGCUUCCGUCGGCAUGGUGCACUGCUCAUUGCAGGGUGAUAUUCUUUGGGCCAAUGAGCAAUACUACAUCCUUGCUGGGCACACUGAAGACACAACUAGAACGAAAGAUUCAUUUUGGGAAGUUUACAUGGAAGAAGACAAGACGAAAGUCGCGGACACGUGGAAGAAUUCUAAGGAUGGCCAAGGCUACAUCAGUGUGGAUGUGCGGCUGAAACGACUCUAUAAACCGCCAAUUGGCGACCCCGAGCCUGCGCAAAUCCGAAUUGUUGCCUUUCCUUACAAGGAGAACGGAGAGAUCAAGUCAAUAAUGGCUUGUACGACAGACAUUAGUCAGUUGAAAUGGGCCGAAUCAUGGCAAGCCAGGUUAGCAGAAGAUGCGAAAGAAGCUAAGCGACAGCAGGAGUCCUUCAUCGACGUUGUGUCGCACGAAAUGCGGAAUCCUCUUUCAGCAAUCGUUCAUUGUGCUGACAGCAUAUCAAACUCGCUGGACGAAUGCCGAGCGGCUUUAGGAGGCGAUAAAAUCGCCGAGCCAUAUUUGAAGCUGCUGACAGAAAACGUGGCAGCGGCCAACAUUGUGAUGCAAUGCGCUAAUCAUCAAAAGCGUAUCAUCGACGACGUCUUGACACUGAGCAAACUCGAUUCCAUGCUAUUAUCAAUCACUCCAUCUAUCGUCAAACUUCCAAAGCUGGUCACAUCUAUGGUUUCCAUUUUCGAAGCAGAGCUGAAAACUCACGAUAUACAGACUGCGCUAGUUCCAGAAAACUCUAUUGCUGAACUUGGAAUCGAGUAUCUCAGUUUCGACUCGUCUCGUGUAACUCAGAUCUUCAUCAAUUUGAUGACCAACGCUAUUAAAUUUGUGAAGUCCAAAACCAAGCGGGAGAUUGAAAUUCGAUACGGCGCUACGCUUUCCAAUCCGCGCGAGACAUUUCAGAAGGGCAUACACUGGCCUGAGAAGGGCAAAAACUCGGACGAUGUCACUACCAACCUCGAGUGGGGGACUGGAGAAUCUGUGUAUAUUACUUUCCUCAUCUCGGACACUGGAAUCGGCAUGGAUCUGAAUGAAGUCCACAAAAUCUUCGAGCGAUUCCGGCAGGCCAAUGUGAGAACCAACGUGAAAUACGGCGGCUCUGGUCUCGGACUCUUCAUUUCGAAAGAACUUACCGAGAAGCAAGGCGGAGAGAUCGGUGUAUAUUCUACUCCGGGAGAGGGGAGCGCGUUUGCCUUUUAUAUCAAAGCCAAACGAGCACCCUUCCGCACCAAAACUCUGCCUGCCAGCAUCAGGACCAAAGGAGCCAUCCACAGCGACCAUUUGCAGGUUCUCCUAGUCGAGGAUAACAUCAUCAACCAGACCGUCUUGAAGAAGCAGUUAGAGAAAGCAGGCUGCAUUGUAGACGUCGCCAACCAUGGUCUUGAAGCUCUAGGCUGCUUGACGGACAAGCGAUACGACGUUAUUCUGAUGGACAUGCAGAUGCCUAUCAUGGAUGGACUUGAAUGUACGACUGAAAUCCGAAAAAGGCAAGAGAAAGGGCUUGUCCCUUCCCCACUACCAAUCAUAGCUGUUACGGCGAACGUGCGCCAGGAGCAAAUCGAUUUUGCUAUGACGGCUGGUGCUGACCGCGUCAUGCAGAAACCGUUCAAGGCCGCCGACCUUGUACAUAUGAUGAGUGAUCUUGUCUCGCCAAUGUCUGCUGCACCUUUAGAUGGUGAUCCUGCCUCUUCAACACCUCCACAAGCUUCAGCGGGUGGUCUCAGCUAUCUGCCGUCUCCAGCAAACCCAGCUGGAGAUUCCUUCUCAAUAUUUCCCGCAGCCCCACUCGGAAACCUUGUUUCUUCAAUACCUCUUCCAAAUCUGGCGAGUGAUUUGGUUCCCUCGAUAUCUGCAGCGACCCCUGCUAGAGACCUCGAUUCUGUAACAUUGCCGGCAGCUCAGGUCAAGGAGCUCCAUUCUCCACAAGCUUAUACAGGAGAUUCACCGGACCGAAACGCCAUGGUAUUAGACCCGAGCAGAGCGCAUAACGAAGAAGUAGAAUAGAAGCAGUGCACCGCGUAUGCAAUCGCCAACUCAAAAGGCAUAGUAUAAAGGAGUGGAUUGGACUCAUCUAAAUCAUUUCGGUGUUAAUUCCUCUCUGGGAUAACGAUGCGUUUCUUAGCCUACGACUCGCCAAGCGACACAAUGCCGCACUGCUCGGCAAAUCAACGACAAAAGGAUGCUCACAAAACUGCAUUGACUUGCAUGCAUUAGGGCAUGUCAUGGUAGAGGUUUUUCAGGGACGUUGACGAAGGAUAAUAUUCGAACACCCAAGCUUUCCUCGCACCGUACUUUGAUCCAGAUGAGCAUGCGGCUCCGAGCUUAUACUGCUCAAAGGACGUCAAAAGACACCUGAUGACAAUGUCCUCGACUAUCUCGGACUAGUAGUAGGUUCUAAGGACUACUGUCCAUAUUUCGGAAGAAUCUAAAUAAUAUUAUCAAAGAUUAAAACAAUUUAAAGGACAUAUUACAUAUACAUAUUGGGACUCCAUCGAC